AUUUACCAAAUCAAAAAAAUCUUAAAAAAACAAAACCAAAGAAGAAGUCAAGUAGGGCUCAUUCCUUCUCUCUCUCUCUCUCUCUCUCUCUGGUGUGUGGCUGUGCCCAGGUUCGAUCUCCAGCUACCGUUCCCAGAUGUCUCGAAGGUAUGACAGCCGUACAACAAUCUUCUCUCCAGAAGGUCGUCUUUACCAGGUCGAAUACGCGAUGGAAGCGAUCGGAAACGCCGGGACUGCAAUUGGGAUACUAUCAAAAGACGGGGUUGUCCUAGUUGGGGAAAAGAAAGUCACUUCCAAACUCCUACAAACCUCAACAUCCACUGAGAAAAUGUACAAGAUCGAUGACCAUGUUGCAUGUGCCGUGGCUGGAAUCAUGUCUGAUGCCAACAUUCUUAUCAACACAGCUCGAGUCCAAGCACAACGCUACACGUAUGCUUACCAGGAGCCAAUGCCAGUUGAACAGCUAGUUCAGUCUCUAUGCGAUACCAAACAAGGGUACACGCAAUUUGGUGGGCUUCGACCAUUUGGUGUGUCAUUUUUGUUUGCAGGUUGGGAUAAAAACUACGGGUUCCAACUUUACAUGAGCGACCCUAGUGGAAACUAUGGUGGUUGGAAGGCUGCGGCAGUUGGGGCAAACAAUCAGGCCGCGCAGUCAAUGCUUAAGCAGGAUUACAAGGAUGAUAUUUCAAGAGAAGAGGCAGUACAGCUUGCGCUGAAGGUGCUUAGCAAGACUAUGGACAGCACGAGUCUUACAUCUGAUAAGCUUGAACUUGCUGAGGUGUUCUUGUCUUCUGGGAAGGUGAAGUACCAGGUGAGCUCGCCUGAGUCGCUGAGUAAGUUGCUGGUGAGCUUUGGGCUGACCCAACCCACUGCUGAGACCACUUGAAUUACUGUUAUGGUAUUCGGAUGUAAGUUUCUGUUCUAUUUUAACUUUUUUGCCUAUGAUUUCACUAAAACAGAUGACGGAUAUUUUCUGCGCUACAAUCGGUCUUUUUUUUUUUUUUUUCAGCAGUAAACUUUCUUGUUCAUGUUUCCAAGCUCUGUUUUAUGAACUUCUUGGAAUCUGAUUAAUAGCAUCAAAAUUUGACACACUA